CGAGACGCCGAGGUGAAACCUGGUAGGAGUUUCAGCGUUACAAUUUUAUGCUUUUUGUGGAAAGUCCAUGCAGCCGGGUUGCUUCCACUGUUUUGAAAGUUUGUGUAUGGGUUUAAGAAAGUCCAAGCCCCGGCGAUUUGCAGGUUAUGAUGAUGUUAACACCAGCGGCGAAGUGACAGCGACCCAAAACACCUCCUCAGUGUACGUAACGGAACACAACUCGGUUCAUAGCGAUUCUGUAACUUGUGUUGAUCCUUUUGCCCUGGGAACUUGUGUAACAGGAAGUAAAGACAACGUGAGUUUUGCAUUUUAGUAGCUGAAAUACUGUACCUAGCUUGUUAGGAAAUCGGUUAACAAUUUAAUGAAAUGGUUUGCUUUCCGUUGCUGUUACUUUAAACAACUCCCUGGUAACUUAGAAACCAUGACAUUUUGCCAUAAACUUGGUACCUUGGUGUCUGUAAUUUUUAACAGUUUUGAAGAAGAAAUUUUGAUGAGUAAUAAGUAUGGCGAUAAAGGAUUUUUAAAUUUGAUUUCAAAGCUAGGGGGAGGAGUGAGGGGAUCAGGCUCCUUCAACCCUUGCCGUGUGCCUACAUGUUCCACUUCUAAUUCAUUAAUAUUCAACCUAGCGUGACUCUGAAAAAAUGGAUGUCUUUAUAUGGCAUUCAUAACAUAGACGUUUAGCUGUGAUGUCUGCCUCUUGGAUUUUUUUUUUUGAGCCUAAAAUCAUCAAAAAAUUCCAUAAGGCAAAAUUACCGAUUAAUCAUAACUUUAACAAAAUUUGUGAUAUAUUAGGCUCUUUUUUUAAUAAAAAAACCAAGAAAUUUCGAGAUUUUUUUUGCUAGCAGUAAAAAAAAAAAAGCCAUUUAAGUGCGCGCGUGAUGGCGCGUACUGUCCAGUUACUUAGGCAUGAUGCGUACUGACCUAUUAAACUGUCCAAUUAAGGCUGAAAUCAGGGCAGUGAUGGCGCAGUUUGACAAUUUUGUCCAGUUAUGAUUAGUAAUGGUAUGAUGCGUACUGACCUAUUUAACUGUCCAAUUAAGGCUGAAAUCAGGGCAGUUGAUAGCCAAUCAGAUUUGACAAUUUUGUUAUAGUUAUGAUUAUACAUUGAAUUGCAUUUAUUAAUUUUACAUAAGGUUUUGUGCUCACUUUGUUAAGUCCUCAACUGUCCAAUUAAGGCUGAAAUGGGCAGUUGAUAGCCAAUAAAUUUGACAAUUUUGUUAUAGUUAUGAUUAUACAUUGAAUUGCAUUUAUUAAACCUGGGCCCAAUUUUUUGUAAACCUGAGCUCAAUUUUUUCCUUUCCUCAGUCUGUGGCUUUGUUUGACUGGAAACAAGGUGCUUUGCUGCAUCGAUGGAAUGGUCAUACAAGAGACAUCACUAAAGUAAUGCACAGUGAUCUAAAUAAAAAGUAGUUUUUGUUACUAUGGUGUAGAUAAGUAAGCAAACUGACACAAAUUUCUUGUUUUAUGCUAUUAUUUGCAUCUUAGUGUGGUCAUGUGACAGAAAAACAUGUUCUAAAUAAAAUUAAUGUAGAACAUAAUAUGUUUUGCUGGGAAACAUUUGAAUUUUAUAGAGCAUAGAUGAUGAGUGAAUGACUGGGUGGUGGCUUCAAGCAUUUUAUCUGAGUUUUGUUUGUUCACCAAAAUAUUCCAUGCAAGUUUUUUUUCAAUGUUAAGAAGUAUCUUUACGUUUAAAAUACUCUACAGGAUAAUUCUUAAAAGCAAGCUAAGUGUGCUGUUUCUGAACAAGAAAUGGUUGGCUGCAAAUUUAAGGAAGAAAUGUCUACCACAUUAAAUAGCAUGGGUCACUGAAGCCAACAGAUAACAACAGUUUUGUCUUUCGGGUGUGAAUUUUUGUCUUUGGCUUACAGUUUGUUAGUAAUCAACAUUUGUUGCUUUUUAAUUUCAAAAUGGAAUUUUAGCUGUUAUAAAGCCACCUGUUCCCAAAAACAUAUCAACAGUCAACCUACAGCACAACAGGUUGCUUAACAACUGUCAAACUUCAAAUGUUUUGUGCAAAACAUGUCAUGUUAAGGACCCUAUUACAAUAUUUUCCCAUCAUAUGUCCAUGUUUAUAAAAUGAAAGUAAUAUUCCUCUUGAGCAUACAUACUUUAUUGAGGAUAGACCUCCAGUAAAUAUAAAGCUAACCAAAGCCAUUGUUAUCAGAAUGCUUGCAAAGCUACUUCUGAGAGGGAAGAGUAUCUUAAAAGCCAAGAUGUUUAAAGGAAAAUGUAAAGGUAAACUGGAAUAUUCAUAGAUGGGUAGGGGAUUCAAAGUAGGAGGGAUUGCAGGGCUGUCCUUGAGAGCUGGGGUCCAGGUAGUAUUUCCCCUGGCUGUUUUGAAUGCAGACCCUGGCUACUUUCAUAGGAAAAUAGAAGAAAAAUAGAACCAAAAGAAAUCCGUAGCAGUUUGAUUUCCCACUUACUUUUUGUACUCGUAUUUACCUGGAAACUUGAAAUCUUGGUAACAUCCCUGGAUUGUGUGUCGGAACAGCACAUCAUAACUACCGUAAUAAGGGAAAUGAUUUUGUCCACAGGUAAAACACAUAGGUACAACUGUUUAUAGCUCCUCAAGAGAUAAGACAAUAAAGGCGUGGCAGACAAAUCCAGGCAAGAAUGAUCCAUCACUGACAUUUGAAGGACACAGAUUAGUUGUAACAGCUAUUGAUUUAAAUGAAGGUGUGGUAUAACUUUAUUUUGUUUUCACUCUGAAUCACAUUGUACAUCAAAGUUGCUUGAGACACUAGUGAUAUCUGAUGUAAAAGUACAGUCUAAUACCAUAAACUGUUGCUUAUAAGCACCCCCAGUUAGAGGCCGAUCUACCUGUAAACAAACAUUAGUGGUACAUUGAGGCCCCCUCUCCCCCCGCCUUCUAGCUUGUAUCAAAAUAAACUUGAUUUAUUAUGACUUUUUCCAGCUUAACCCUUUAAACCCUAAGAUCAAAAUUUGAAUUCUCAUUUGUUGCUCCUAUUAAUUUCCUACAGAAGUAGUGGGGAGAAGUUGAUAAAAUAUCAAUCAAAUUCAUCUUGUGUGAUCAUGUCCCUAAUUCUCAUGACCGUCUCUGUUUUACAAAGCAUUGAUAUUACAAGGAGAAAUUUGAUGCUGAUCACUCUUAGGGCUUAAAGGGUUAAUAAAUAUGAACUAGCUAGUUUAUGCAAAAAUUAAUGUGUUUUGAUCAGCACUGCUGUAUUAGCUUUUUAAUUUCAAAGCACUUUUUUAUUCUGGUUAUAAUCCCUCUCAGCUAUAAGCCCCUCUAUUUAUAAGCCCUCCUAAUACGUCUUACAAAGAGGUAUAAGCCCAGGGUUUAUAAGCAGCAGUACUAGUUUACGGUAUUUGCUACUUAUAUAUGGUACCUAGUUCAUGUGCAGUUAAACUUCCCCUCACAGACACUUCUCUAUUAUGGACAGUUUUGUUGUUGACCAAGAUACUAUGUAAGCAUUGUAGACCCUUUCUCAGGCUAUAAAUAUACAGACACUUAGCUCUUACCUGUCCAUUUAGUGUCAACUAGUUGGUCAAAAAGAGACAAAACAACUUUUAGCUAGCUAAAGCUACAGUUAAUCAUUUUUUGAAAAUUGCUGGCAAACUGGGCUCAAUAGCCUAGUAGUAGCUCAACCAAUCAGAAUGCAAAAUUGGUAUACCAUCCCUAAGAAGGGAUGCAUUACCGUCCAUUUAGGAUUGUAAGCAGGUUUUAAAUGUGACAUUUUACAUUUACAAAGUUUGCUGCAAAUGUCAGAAUGCCAUUCUUUCAGUAUUGAAUCCUCUUUUUGAAAUGAAUAAUAUUUAUUGAUAUGUUGUUAAUGAUGUUUAUAUCUCUUUUUGUGUAGAUGGAAGCCUGUUAUUUUCUGGAUCUAGAGAUAAUUGUGUGAGACUGUGGGAUGUUACUAGGCCAACAAGCAUUAGUGAAAGAGAAGUCUCAAGAAAUUUGGUAUGAAGUACUUACAGAAUACUUCAACUUAUCAUCACUCAGUACAAAUUAUUGAUACUUUGAGGAGGGGUCAUCUCAAAAGGCCAUGUGGUAUUCAUAGAAACCAGGUCACUGCCCACCACCUAACUACCCUCACCCUGAUAAUUAACUUGAAGAGCAAACAAGUUAUAAUAAUAUUACCGAAGUGGAACGAAAAAAAAUGGCUGUGAUUCCCAUUGUGUGUGUGUUUCUUUUAACUAGGUAAGUUGUGUAAAAUGGAUUCCUGGAACCCAGUGUCAAGUUGCUCAAACUGGAGAAGACAAAAUGCUAAGGUAUGCAGGAUGGCUAAGUCGGUGGUAAUGUGUAGUAAUUUACAAUAGUUUAAAAAAACAUGUUUAUUUGGUUUACAAAAACCAUUAUUGUUUAUUAACCCAUGGUUUUGUAGCAGAGCUGGAAGAAUACUUUUCUGCCUUUCGGCCUGUUUGUCUGGUCCUAAAAUGUCCAUUAAAUAUACCGUCCUCGUGGUCUAAUGAAGUGAAGUAGUAUUGCUAAGGCUCAGCAAUGAAUGCCAACAUGUUUAGCUAUGAAAUUAAUGCUGUGUAUAUAUUCUCUGUUUAUAACAGAGUUUGGGAUACAAGAAAUAUGCAACCAGCAUUCACUUUCCCUGCCCAGCAGUACUUCCAGGUAUUUUACAUCACUUCAAAAUCAGAUUCCAAUGUUCUGAGGGUCCCCAGUCAUGGCCUACAAAUCUGUCUGAUUUGUAGGCCAUGACUCAGGAUUUUAAAGCAAAAUGAGGAUGAGGUUUUGGGAUUGAAAGUAUGGACAAUAUGUGUUUGAUGUGGCCAAUAACAACUAUAGGGAUUACGGAAUUGAGCAAAACUUUGGGUCAGGAUGACAGGAUGAAAGACCCUUAGUUCUAUGUAUUGGUUGAGUUUAUAAAUUACGGCUUAAAAUAAUUUUGGACAAUGGCCGGACACAAUGACCGAGCAAAGAAAAAAAGAAAAAAGAAAAAAGUGAACUAAUCCUUGUGUUAUUUUCUAUUAAUGAACAUGAUUGCACUUUUACAAAAAGACAGAAUCUAAGAUUUACAGGUGAGUUUUUGGCUGUUUGUUCAAGAAUAGGAGUCUGUGUGACCGUUCAACAUGACCGACAAGUUUUUGGUCAAACUAGGGCGGACAAAUCCAUUGAUUAUUUUGAUUUUAAAUCAGGUAAUUUUUUUUUUUGUUCAUUUUGACGUAUUGCUUUUGUGAAUUGGUAGCGAUAUAUAUUUGAUAUACCUAUUUUAUAUUCUUUCAAUUUUUAUCCGUAUUACACAUGUAUAAAUAUAUUUCAUUAGUUAGGUAGUUUUGAUGAGUGAAGAGCUACUCAGUAGGAAAGUCAUCAAUAAACCUUUAAUAUGAUUAUUAUUAUUAUUACUGAACAGAAAUAGAAAACUUUUGAAAACUUUUUUUAAGACUUUGUAAACAAAAGGACAAAUAACCAACUUAAGCUUUACCAUACCUGCGAGCAGCGAUAGGGAAACACGGACUGCGUAAAGAGCCAGUCAGGGCCCAGUUGCUCGAAGCAUGGUUAGCGUUAACCAGCAUUUAAUACCUUGACAAUGUAUUGGUUUUGAUACUGCUUAACCAAUGGUGAAAGGUAACCAUGCUUCGAGCAACUGGGCCCUGAUUUCAGAAUUCAUUACUGUGCCGUUAUGUGGCCUUGGGUACCAUUUUCCAAGACCUCAGUCGCAGUUUUUUACCAUAUGGACUGCCCAGCAGGUAAAUAACAUAUGUAUGUGUUGUGUUACUUAACAACAGACCAGUUAUUUCCUAUUUUGCAAGUAAGAUGAUUGAUGUUUGUGUAACGUCUUUGUACAUUUUCUCAACUUUUGUGGCUGACACCAAAGCAUCCAGCCGCAAGUGAGAAAAAACCUCUGGAACCCAGGGUAGCAUGGCGGUGCUUGCUAAAGAAGAGGCAGAGAAAGGUUUUUAAAAUAAAAAAAAAAUAAAAUAAAAUUUAACCUCCUUUAUUGCUUGUUUCUAUUGAAGACGUACUGUGAUUGCUCAAGAGAUGGUCAUUUUAUUGUGACAUGUAGCAAUGGAUUCAAUGGAAAAGGAUGUGAAGCAACUGUAAGUGAUAGUAUGAAAUUAUGAGAAAACUCACACUAAUCAUACUAGUGAUUUUAAUAAUGAUGAUGAUGAUAAUAAUACCGUUAAAUAUACAUUGUAGCUAAGGGAAAGUUCAUUUAAUAUGACAAGGGGGAUGAAGAUAUUGAGGGGGCUCCGAAAAUUUUAGACUCCCGAAGAAAUUGUUGCAAGGGGGGGGUGAAAAUUUGUAUACUUCAAAACCAACACAUGACAUCAUCAUACAGAUCGGAUGGUUUUCAACUCAACAAUUUAAUGACCUGUGCAACUCAGCUAUAUCAUACUAGUUUACAGAUAUUGUAGUCUCAUUAAUGAUCCCAAAAAUGAUGAUCUCAAGUUUGUCAUAGUAUAAACCAUUGUUCUAGCGAUCUUUUUCAGGGGAGCAAAGGAAUUGAAGGAGGAGGGGGGUGGAAACUAAAAUUUCAAGCUUCAUAUUAAAUGAACUUUCCCUAAGAGUAUUUACAUGUAGUGGUAUUCAGCUCAUUCCUUAGGUAAAACCUGUAUACCAUUACAUAUACAGUAUAUUGCAGCUGGAGUGAUAACCACCUAUGUCUUUAGAGAGGAUCCUGAAUGCUGACUUAUCUUAUUUGGCCAAGUUUACAGAAUGUUUUUACAGAUUUUAGACAAGAAGAACCUUUUUCAAAUUUUAGGCUUAACAGAUUCUUGUAUACAGAGGGCAUAACUUGCAAAUUUUAGCCUAACAGAUUUUAAAACCAGGUUCUUAUAAGUCACUGGUUUUUACUGUAAGUGGUUGCCUACGUUCUCAUUUUUGCCCUUUCACUUGUCUGAACUUGAUUGACAGCUGUGGGAUGUGAGGGCACAGCAGAUGAUUUGUAGAUAUGUGGGUCAUUACCAGACCUCCUCUGCUUGUAUUUUUCUACCUCGCUUGGAACAUGUUUCAUCUAAAGAUUUGUAAGUAUUUGCACUCCCUAAAGUUUAAAACUGUUUCCUGUAACAGUUACUUUUUUAGUGUUAAGUAAUCGUGUCUUAUAUUUAAAAAAAAGGAAGACAAUAAGGUUCUCAUAUGAGCCUUGCAUUUUGUAACAAGCUGUGAGUAGUGUGCCACAACAGAAUCAUUGCUUUUGCCCUAAAAAAUGAGAGACUCUUUAUUAACUUUGUUCAGUCGUUUAUUACACUUUACUAAAUGUUUUAGUACAUCAUCAACUUAAAGUUAAAAGGCAGAUCGCCUGAAAUCUUAUAAUAUUUUACUACUUUGCUAGCCUUUGUUUCUUGGGGUUUGUUAGCGAGUAGAAGAAUUGAUCAGAAUUCUGUGGCGGAUUGUAUACGAUCCUUAAGAGGCAAUAGGUUGUUUAAGAUACCACGACGGCUACGGCCACGAAAACGUCGCUUGAAAAGUGAAUUUGUGUUCUUUCAAUCUCCAUCCUGAAUACUCCAACUCAUUUAAUGUCAAAUGCAAGCGAACUCUUUUUGAGCUGAAUUCCCAAGAACCAUAUUCAAGUUCAGAAAGAGAAAGAAAAUGUAGCCGUCGCUUUUUUACCUCCUCCAUAAAACGUGAAAUUAGGCAUUUUCCCGUCGUUCGUGAAGUGACGGCAAAAAAAUGUACAAAAAACACGUGCAGAGUUGUUGUUUUGCCUAUUUAACUUAUUGUUUUUUACGUUCUCUUUGUCGUCGCCGUCGUGGCAUCGUAAAGUUCCUAAUCAGUACGCCUGCACUGUGGGCACCGUAGGCCCAGCUCCGUGAACGGGAGGUGUACCUUUUGUUAGAAGAGAUAUUUCUAGCGAUUAACUAACUAAUUACAGCAAGGUUUUGGUAGAAUAACUUUAAUUUAAUGAAUGAAACAGUUAUGGAUUUAAUACUGGAUAGUUCAGUGGAAAUAAUGUUAUUUCAAGUACGUACUUGGCUUGGCUGUUUAUCCUUUAUGUAGAAAGAUCGGGCUAAGAUUGUCAUGUCGUGUAGCGAUGACAAUGGCAUACCGUUUAAACCGGUGAAAUAACUUACAUUUCACUCUGUCCCCUUUAGAGCCGAUGGUCGUUGACUUGUAAUAGUGCCAAUUGUAAAUUUGAUUUCUGUUUUUAGAAUAGCUACUGUGUCACAUGAUUCAUCUUUGAGAAUUUGGGAGCGAGAAGGAAGAGGUACGAUGAUCAAGCUUUACGGUCAUGUCGCCCCGGUUACUUAGUCUCCUAUUUUUUGUUUUGAUUUAUGGUUUAUAGAACGAGGAAUAAUAAUACAUUUGGAACGCGCUAAUGACUCGAAAAUAGGGGGAGAAGUAACCGGGGCGUAAUGACCGGUUACCGUGAUUAACAUUUAUCAGAAACUUAUGAGUUUCUGCAUCUAUUCAAUGUGAUGUCCUUGCAUCAAAGUUCCCAGUUGCAGAUGAAUUGGUGGGCUACACACUUGUCCAUUAAAAAAAAUGCAUAUUUUUAAUGAGGUAAAACAUCCGCAAAGAAAAUGGCCUGCAAAUACAGCCGUGUCUCUCUUGUGGCGAGGAAAGAGGAGAGACGGGUCUAUGAACAGACUACAAAGAAAGUGGCCCUGCCUGGAUGUAAGCCUGGAUGGAACACUGGCUCUCGUUCUCAGAUUUCUCUUGUUCUCGUCCACUUGUGUCUAGUUUCCAGUACGUGUAUUAGCCUAUCUGCGAUCACUCUGUUACCCACUCGGGUCAACGUCCCCUGCUCCUUUUCCAGAAUCUGUGUGAGUUCUUUAAUAGGGAGCUCCAGCAACGACGACGGCGACGGUAACGAAAACGGCAAAAAAGCAAUAGGUUUGUUUAGCAAACGACAACUCUGCACGUGCAUCACCCGUUUUUGUACAUCUCUUGCCGUAUCUGCACGACUACGACUUGAAAGUGCUUAAUUCUGCGUUUUGUUGAGGACGUGGGCAAACGACAGCUACUUUCUUCGUUUCCUGAACUACGAUAUAGUCCGUUUGAAUUCAAAUUCGCCAACAUUGGGACGAAUUGCUUAAGCUCCCUAAUGUACCCGACAUACAGUGGACAAGAAGGGGUGAAAGAGACAGGACCAACGGCUUAAUGUCACUGUCCAAUGACCCCAUCACAGCCAGCAUGAUCUUAAAGUUUAUUUCAAAGAGGAGCCUGGGUUGUGGUCAAACUGGCGCUCUAUUAUCGGAGCUAACUGACCGCGAUAAUAAAGUCAAAUAAUUCCCUUCUCUGGCCCUUAAAAUAGUAUCUAGCAUUUUUUGUCCGCUUGACAAAAAGAACAUGUAGGCAAUUAUGCUAAGUAAAUUAAUCCACUGACCUGAAAAGGGUAGGCCUCGUUACAAGUGUUUGCCGUCUCUUAACACAGUGCCGUAUUUUUUGAUAUUUGCAGAGUGUGUUGCGUCUCUUGACUUCUCUGGUUCGGGGCCAUUGACCGACAUCUGUGCAUGGGAUGAUGGAAGGUAUGUCCUUAUAACACCUAGCCUGCGAGGAGGCUCACUUGUGCGAAUUUCGGGGGGGAUUUUGGCACGAGGUACCGAAGACAGAGGAAUAGGGCGAGGAAAAGCCCUAUUGUUUCGAACCUGGUGGCUCUGUUACCAGUCAAAAUUAUAUUCAGGUUAAAAUUUUUUAUGCUAGGUUGAUUCUCAGUUUCCUUUUGUGUCCUAAUCCUAAUUAUUCAUGAAUUAGGGAUAGGAGACAAAGGAAAUUUAGAAUCAACCUAGGGUCAGAAAUUUUAAACUGAAUUUAAAGUUGACCUAUAGCAGCUCCGCCGCCCAGAUUUUUCCCGAACUCGUACAAGUCAACCCACUCGCGGACUAACCUUUCCCGGAGGAUUCCUUUCCUCUGCACGAGAGGUGAUAGGAAGUUCUUUUAGGUUUAAAUCGUUCUAAACUCACGCAACAAGCGUUUGUAAACUUACACUAUUUCAUACUAUGAAAAUGAACUAGAAUAUAUCUCAAUAUUAAACCGUUUUUGUUUCAGUUUGUGUAUUUCCACGACAAAUAUGGGUGUAUUUCAAUGCGUCCUGGAUUCGCAUGAAGGCAAACCGCGAUUGUUGAAGAAAUGUCAAUUUUGAACGUGGGCGACAACAGUGUCUCAAAGAAAAUUUAAUCCUAAGGAUUAUUUUUAAGUAGUGCAAAUAGUUUAAACUAGUUUUUUAUGAUUAUUUAUAAGUCAUCAACUAUUGGAACUAUUGGUGACUGUUCCUGUUAUUUAUUUAUCCGACUUCUUGAAGUCAAAUUCCUUGAUUUCCAGUGGUAUUGUAAAUUUUAAAAUUUCAUUCUGAUGUUGUAUAAAGUUGACAUUACCAAGUUUGGUACUAAUAUAGCGUUAUAUUUGGAGUAUGUUCUGAAUGAUUCACCAGUGCUUUUCACUGUUCCAUCCGGAAAGAGAUUCUUAUAAGAAUUGAACAAUACAUACAGACAAAAUGGCACAACGCUUGAAACAGGAAAAAAGAUUGUGGUUACGCGGUUCAGGGGCGGAUCCAGGAUUUUACUUAUGAGGAGAGGGGUGCACCACAAAGGAAUGGGGUAACUGACUGGUGACGUAAACAAAUUUAAUACAGAAGUCCAGUUGUAUUAGAAAGGCGCAGGUCAUCUCUGGUGUGUGAGUUUGGGGGGAGGGGUGCACCCCCUGCACCCUCCCCCUAGAUCCGCCCCUGCCGGUUGGAAGGUCGCUAUAAAAAGGAUCGGGUCUUUGCACGAUUCACGACUAUUAAAGUUGUCAAAGAAAGAAUCAAGGAAAUUAAUAUUUCCAUUUCCUGCCUCACCUUAAAUAUUACAUGAAAGUGCUUAAAAAGAUCUUAGAUUUUUGAAGACUAUAAAUUUCUGUAUAGCUUCGUGCCAAACGUUUAAAGGUGGUAAUCCCAGUGAGCUUUGAAUAACAAAAGCCUUAAUUUGCACAAGAAAGAAAAACCCUG